AUGGAAGAGUUCGAGGAUUUUCCGCCGACUUGCUCGUCUUCUGAUGACCACGAUCGUGUCUCGCCUCGUCACGAACCCACAUUUCCUCCACAAAGCACGGAAAGACUAGAUCCUGGUCCGGUACCAUGUGGCCUUCCACCGCGUGCUCCAAUGCGAAACACACCGGUGACUGCCUCACUUCGUUCCUAUGCAGUCCCACCACCGUAUUCCGCCUGCAACAAGCAAAAGCCACCACCGUACCCUGGACGCGCGCACUCGGGUUCGCCUUGCUCUACGCCACUGCCAGCAUCCUUUGUACCCCAAUCAUCAUCGACGCCUAAAAGUUCAGAUGAAUCGCCUUCUAGAAAAGAGAGCGUAAAUAAACCACCCGACCAAGUCGUAGCUGAAGGUGAAAGGAGAACAUUCAUUAGGGAAAAGGAAGAACGACUCGACAAAGCAAUGAGCAUCUACGAAAAUGUUUCGCAAGCUGAAGUUCGUGCCAAUGAGAGUACUGUGUGGUACGAGUACGGUUGUGUAUAA